AGUAUGUAAUUUAGUGGGAGUGAUCAGGAACCACCGUACAGGACGUGGAAACGUGUCCAUGCUGCUCGUCUAUCAGAACAAAACAUGUCUGACUACACCAUUCGGCUGUACAAGGACUGUGACUACGAUACAGUGAGGGAGCUGUUUGCGGAGGGAACGUUGGAACAUACUCGAGUGGCCUUCAAACAUGGACUUUCUCUGACACAUAUCCGGAUAUUUUUGCUGGCCGUUUUCCUUCUUCCAUUCUUCACCACUGGAUCACUGUCCAUGUCCUUCAUAGUUCUCCUCCUGGUCCUCACUGCCAUGUGGUUUGGCACUAGGGACCUCUACGAUUCCUAUGUCCGACAUUCCCUCUCCAAUGACAUGCUGGAUAUCCAGAAAUACUACAUGCAAAGGGACGGGUACUGCUUCUGGGUGGCCGAGUCCUUGGGAAAAGUCGUUGGGAUGGUGGUAGCUAUUCCAUCAGCUCACCCAGGAGGAGAGAACCAUAUUGAACUGAGGAGGAUGUCGGUUGCCGAGAGCCACAGAGGCAGAGGAAUUGCCAAAGCGCUGUGUAGAACGGUCAUUGAUUUCGCUCGCCGGCGUGGUUGCAGUGCAGUGGUCUUGGAGACAACAUGGGGCCAUCGGGCGGCUCAUGGGUUAUACAAGAGCAUGGGUUUCAUAUGGCAACAUUCAACGUUUCUCAAACACCCACUGGCUAAAUAUGUCGAUUUUAAAUUUUUAUUCUAUAAAUAUGAUAUUUCAACAUAAAAGUACUUUGAAAAAGUACUAAUAAAUGUUAAACCUUUGCAAAUUUCUGUGUAGUGUGCACAAUGCAAAUCUGGGGACUUUUCACAAGAGUACUGCUGCCAGAAAACACUCCCAUGUACCAAGUAAUAUGGCAUUACAAGAGAUCGUUUGAGGUUGUUCACAUUACAUUAUUGUGAUUACAUAAAUUACUGUAUAUAAAGUAUCUGGCUUAAAAAAAUGUAUAAAAAUCUUAAAUACAUCAACAGAUGUACUGAUUAUCCAUAAUAUUAAAAGUGAAUACUA